ACCUGGCAUCCCUAUUUCCUUCUAUCCUUCUAUGCUGGGCGUGCUUUCCACCACUGAGAUUUUCUCAUGUGGAAUCUGAAUCGAACCGUUUAGCUGCCUCCGGCAAAGACGCAUCAACGUAAAACACACAAAAAAUUGUCUAUAACCUACAGAUCCCAAUAAUUUUCUUGAAUUGUGUGUUGUUGAUGUGUCUUCCUGAGGUUUUGGAAUUCCCCACUGGUGUGUGCAUAAUCCUCAUUAUGUGCAAACUAGUGAUGUUGUUUCAAGAAUAACCAAUUAUAUCCUUACAGAAGUGCAAUAAUAUUAAUUCAAAUUAAUAAAUAACAAUUCCGUCGAAGUACAAAGUAUAUGCAGUGUUAAAGAAUAUAUUAGUUUUCAAUCUUAACUGUAAAGUGGACAAAAUGCACUAAAAGUGAAGUGUUAAAAUGUUUUCAAUGAAAACUGUCCGUGGCUUAGGAUUUUUUUGUGUGCAAAGUGUUAAGUGUAAGAUAUGGGAUGACUCAUAGUGAAGGAUGUGGCCAGCUCACUCUUCGAUCACAAGAUGAUGCACGAAAUUCUCGACAAUGCUGGGGCAGGCGCAAGCGGCGUGAUGGAGGAAAACGAGGGAGGAGGGAGUGGGGGUGCCGCGGUCGAUAUGGACGAUUGCGGCUCCCUCUCCCUACCUCCUGACCUGCCCCCCUAUUCAGGCGAUUACAUUAUCAGUGACUAUAUGGAAAGGCUCGGUACUCGUCUUAAUAUUCUGGAAACUGAGCUCAAGUACGCGUGGAGAGCAUUAGAUCUCCUCAGCCAAGAAUAUGUAAGAAUGUGGGAUCGAUUAGAAAGACUUGAGUCUUUGCUCGCAGAUCAACAGGGUGUUAUAUCAACUCUUCUAGAUUUUUAUACAUGUCGAAGUGUAUCUCGAGAUCCUCUAUCUAGACUUGAGGUGAUAAGAGAAAUACUUGGAAAUGGGACUGUGGAAGAUGGCAUAGAAGAGGGAUUAGAUAUAGCCAGUCGAAAUGCUGUUCUAUUAGAUCAGCAAGAAGAAGUAAUGGAAUCAGAUGAAGCUUUUUAUAGAAGUUUAAACCAAGCAUAUAGGGAUGAUUACGUUUAUGAAGAAACAUCACGACCUACGUCACAGCUAGACAUGAUUUGGGAAGCACCUGAGGAGCCUGAAUUGGAUAUUUCAUCUGCUGCUGGCCAAAUAUAUAGUGCAAAAGAUUAUAAACAUUAUCGUGGUAUACAAAGUGGACCUGGUAUAAGUGAAAGAGAUUUAGUCCAUAUGUCUACAUUAGGUACAAUAGAACAAAUAACUGUAGAUAAAUUGCAUGAAUUAGAUAGGCUGACUACGCAAUUACACAAAGAUUCCAGAGAGUUAAAAGACUUAAAAGCUAGACUUCUUAGUCCAGAAAUUAAGAUCACAGCGAAACAUGACAGAGAUAUAGAAGCUAAAGCACUUGUGGAAGAUGGAAAUAUAAUUAAUGAACAGUUAAAAGGCGUUUAUAUAGGCGGCGAUAAUUGGGCCUUGAAUGAUAUGAUGAAAAGUUUUGAUGAAUUUAUGCUUACAACGCCAAAAGAUAAUUUACUUACGGAUAAAUCUCCAUCAAGGUUAUCACUAACUGAAAGCAAUGUCGGAGAUAGAACUGUGGACUAUUUACCAAAUUCACUUUCUCCACGGCGAAAAUUUGUACCGGAAAGGACUUCUACUGAACCUUAUACCACAGUAACAGGUCGUUUAGCGUAUAGUUCUGCUGUAGCAAAUGCCGAGAUAAAUGCGGCUAAAGCAUCUAAAUCUCCCAGUGCAUUAUCAAAAGACCGAUUCGAUUAUGGCUCGGAUUAUCAAAUUAGUGAUCAUACUGGGCAAAAUUACUUUUCUUCUAAGAUCACUCAACAAGCUUUUACUGACUCUUAUAAACAAAACAAAGAACAACACUCACCAACAUCGAUUCAUGAUUUAUAUGAUGGAGGCGUGGAUAACCGACUUGAUUUGAAUUUUGGUGAAUUUCGUAAAUCUCCCAGUCCUCCACCUCCAGCACCACCAAAUGGAGCUGAUAUAUUUGGGCCUAUUGAAAAUAAUAAUGAAAAAUUAGGAAAGCAUCAAACUUUACUUUCGACAGGACUCACAACAAUGCAAGCAGAAAAUAUGAGAUUAAGCCCUAGGUCGCCUAAAUCUCCAAAAACAUCACCGAAACAUGUGAAAAGAGAUAACACAAACAUUGUAACAGCUAAGUCAGAUUCUGGAUUAUCAUCUAUGAGUGGAUGGUCGAGUUUAGAAAAAAGUCCAGGCUCUCCGAAAACUGGUCGAGUGUCACAUAUUCAAGAAAGUCAUAAGAUAAGAGUUCAGUCACCACAAUCAAUUCAAAGAAAUUCUUAUGAAGAUGCAAAACCAUAUUUAGAAACCUUGGUAGAUUCAUAUCUAUAUGAAGAUAAACAAUAUCAAAAGGAAUAUAUUUCAUAUAAGCCUGAUAAUUCUAAGGAGGAACAAAAUAUAAUUGAUAUUAAUAAGUUACAAGAUAAUAUCGGUAACAUAUUUAUAAAAAAUGACAGUAUUUUUCCUGUACCGAGUCAAACUACACUUAGUAAUAUAGGGGAAUAUUAUUACGGUCAUGAUGCGCCAUCCAUAUAUUCAGUAGCUGGAAAUAGGCAGCCAAUUUUUACUACUGUGUAUAGCACACCGAGAGGAAUACUUUCUGAAGAUAGAAGUUUUUCCGAGUUAAUAGAUAGAAAUCAAAUUUUAGAAUCAGAUGUAAAGCAGGCAAUUGAUCCAUAUCCUCCUGAACCAAGUUAUCAUGCACAAACAGUAGUUAUGUCUGGAAAUAAUCUUAACAAGAAAUCCUUGACUCGAACAAAUACGAUAACUGGAUCAGAUAGCAGUUUUCAAAAUGGAUAUAAAGUGUCUCGUACGGGAUAUCCUCCUGGAAACCUCAACGAUGCAUUAUCAUACUAUCCUACAUCUAGUAGGUAUGACUCACCAAAACGUACACCGUUAGAAGAACGUAUUUCUUGGCAAGGUGGAAGUCGAUCACCAACAAGCUCAGUAGAAACACUAAGUUUAAAAUCACACUCCCUCAGUAUAACGGAACGAAAGCAAUUUCAAAACCAAUUACAACAAGAGUACUUUAAACAACAACAGUAUGACCAACGUAACGGAAACAUAACAACUGACAUACAGAGCCAUGAUAAAUUAGGUUCAGACCAUAAAACUAGAAAAGAUCAGUAUAAUAUGGAUUCUAGUGGUAUUUUAGUUUCUGAGUCAGGCUAUUUAUCUAUUUCCUCGAACCUAAAAAUGAAGAGCCAAGAUAGGCAAAGUAAAAAGCCUAAACGAACUUCAUCUUUAAAAUCUGCAAUGACUUCAAUGAGUCAGUGGUUGCCAGAUCUGCAUUUACCUAAAAAGCAUAGGUCACAUUCCCUUCCAUCUGGUGUAGAUUCUGUUGAUCAGGAGCAACAAGAAAAAACGUUGAAAGAAAGGCUACUGUCAGCACAAAGAAGAAAGAAAAAAUACCAUUUAGUAGCCUCGAUGUCAGGUUUAUUGCAAAAAGCAAGGAGAAAACAACAAGCUAGUCAUCAAUCUUUAUCAGAUCCAGAGACUUCUGAAACAGAAUGGUCUGGUGGUCGAUCCAGUGCUCAGUCAGAAGACAGUGAUAGUGUAUUUUCAGAUUCAAUUCAUGAAAAUAAUAUGUUUUCAAAGGUUCCUGUUAAACAAAAGCAACGAAAAAUAAACAGUCAAGAAAAAAUAGAACAACAACAAAUGAUUCAAGAAUUACAGCAGCAACGAGCUGAAUUGCAAGGAGAUGCUGAUGAUGAAUGUAUAUUGGAAGAAAAUGAACGUUAUCCUUCAACAUCUAACGGGAUACCGCGUGAUAAAAGUGAUGAUAUUGACUUUCAUUUUGCUAGAGUUAGUCAAAUGAAGAAAAAUAACAUUCAAGACUUGGAAAAACUGGAUAUUGAUACUGAUAUUACAAACGUCGAUCCAUUCGAAGAUGAAAAAGAAGAUAACGAUUCACCAGCUGCCAUAUUCGCAACUGUAGGUGAUAUGAAAAAGUCUUCAAUCACAUCAGAGGACUCACAUAGUGAUAAUAACAAAUCAUACAGUGGAAGUUCACAAGAGUUUGCAGUUUCUCGUGCACUAGGCAAAUACCGUUUACGUAAAUCAUCGUCUAUUACCGAUGAUACUUCAGAAACGUCUCCACCAAAAAUUGAAACUAAUUUUGUUGAAGAAAUACCAGACGACUCAGAUAAAUACAACGAUAAAAAACAAAAUAAAUUAAGCCCGCCUGAAGUAGUAAAAAACAAUGCAGGACGUGCUGAUGAGGGCUUUGUAUAUCCAGAAAGGAGUCCCUCUUUACAAAGUAACAGAGGCAUGCAAAAUAAAUUUCAACCACGACAUCAACAAAGUCUUGAUAUUCCUAAUAAACACGAUGAUGAUGACAGUCGAAGUACACAUUCCUGGAGGAGUGGGUCAAGGGUAUCUUCAAGGAGGCAAAGUACUGAAGAUAGUAUUGAUUCUGAAGACGAAUGGUACCGUUAUGAGCUCCGAAAGUUAGAAGAAAUGGAGCAUUCAGGCCAAGAUGUAGAAAGAGAACAUUUACUACUAGAAGAACCAGAAACAUUAGAGGAAGAGCCCAAUGACAUAUUAAAAGAAAGGAUGUCUUAUGUUUUACGGGAGUUAAAACUUAAAACAGCUCCUAUUAAAGUCAAAUAUGACGAAGCAAAAACGGAAGAGACAUGGAAAGACAUUACAACAUUUCCUGAUAUGGAGGAAAAUAUUGAAGAUGUUAUUUCUCAAAAAUAUUCGGAUGAUGAAAAAUCAUAUGCCGAUUCUGGCUCCGGAGAAACAUCUGGACCCGAUAGUCCAGUUCAAAGUGGCGAUGAGUUUGAAGAAGAUGACGAAAUGCCUCAAAUGCGACAAGAACCUAUGGGUGUUGAACAACCACCGCAUCAAGAUGCUCCUGCUGGAAGCAAAUGGAAGUUGCUAAAGGCUCUGAAAGACAGAAAAGCUGAAGAAAAGACUACAGAGACACCGGUUGCUACCACACCAUCAACAGAAAAGGACAAAGUUAGCGCAGGUAAUGGAACUGGUGGAUUCAACGAGCAAGGCGGACGAGGCAAUGGGCACCCGGGAGAUAAUCCAUUUUACAGCAACAUUGAUAGUAUGCCGGAUAUUAGACCGAGAAGAAAAUCCAUACCACUCGUUUCUGAACUUGUUCUCAAGACCAUGGCUGCUACUAAGAGGAAUGCCGGAUUGACAUCAGCUGUUCAUCGAGCGACACUGAAUGAUGAAGAAUUGAAAAUGCAUGUGUAUAAGAAAACUUUACAAGCACUUAUCUACCCGAUAUCUUCAACCACACCCCACAAUUUCGUUCUUUGGACGGCGACAUCACCAACGUAUUGCUAUGAAUGUGAGGGUCUACUUUGGGGAAUUGCGAGACAAGGUGUCAGGUGUACAGAAUGCGGUGUCAAGUGCCAUGAAAAGUGUAAAGAUCUCCUCAACGCUGACUGCCUACAGAUGUGUUUCGCAGGGGCGGCUGAAAAGUCUUCCAAACAUGGUGCCGAGGACAAAGCAAACUCAAUCAUAACAGCCAUGAAGGAACGAAUGAAGCAACGGGAAAGAGACAUGCCAGAAAUCUUUGAACUCAUCAGGCGGACUUUUAACGUCGAUCCUGACACUCACAUAGACAACCUAGAACAGGCUGAGCAAAUUACUAUUGAAGGAACUUCAAAAUGGUCCUGCAAAAUCGCAAUCACAGUUAUUUGUGCCCAAGGACUGAUCGCUAAGGACAAGAGCGGCACCUCCGACCCCUACGUUACCGUCCAGGUCAGCAAGGUCAAGAAAAGAACCCGAACAAUGCCGCAGGAGUUAAAUCCUGUCUGGAAUGAGAAGUUUUAUUUUGAGUGCCACAAUUCAUCCGAUCGUAUCAAAGUCCGCGUUUGGGAUGAGGACAAUGACUUGAAAUCAAAACUUCGUCAGAAAUUAACGAGAGAAUCAGAUGACUUCCUUGGACAGACAAUUAUCGAGGUUCGAACUCUGUCGGGUGAAAUGGACGUCUGGUACAACUUAGAGAAGAGAACAGACAAGUCCGCGGUAUCUGGAGCUAUCAGACUUCACAUCAAUGUUGAGAUCAAAGGAGAGGAGAAAGUAGCACCUUACCAUGUUCAGUACACAUGUCUCCAUGAAAACUUAUUCCACUACCUGUGCGAAGAAAAUGGGGGAGCUGUGACACUUCCAGCUGCUCGCGGAGAUGACGCAUGGAAAAUCUACUUCAAUGAAAAUCCAGAGGAAAUCGUCGACGAAUUUGCUAUGAGAUAUGGCAUUGAAUCCAUCUAUCAAGCGAUGACGCAUUUCCACUGUCUAUCAACGAAGUACUUAUGCGCGGGAGUACCGGCAGUUAUGUCAACACUGUUAGCUAACAUCAACGCAUACUAUGCUCAUACAACUGCUUCAUCUGCUGUUUCAGCGUCUGAUAGAUUCGCUGCUUCAAACUUUGGGAAAGAAAAGUUCGUGAAACUCCUAGACCAACUCCACAAUUCGCUCCGGAUCGACCUUUCUAUGUACAGAAAUAAUUUUCCUGCUUCAAGUGCGGAAAAACUUAUGGAUCUCAAAUCAACUGUGGAUCUUUUGACCAGCAUUACAUUCUUUAGGAUGAAGGUACAAGAACUUAGUAGUCCACCGAGAGCAAGUACAGUCGUGAAGGACUGUGUAAAGGCGUGUUUGAGGUCAACCUAUCAAUUUCUUUUUGAAAAUUGCUACGAAUUAUUCAAUAGAGAAUUUCAAGUUGACCCAAACGAAGCGAAAAGGGAUCCCUCCGAUCAUGGACCACAGUUGGACUCUGUGGACUUCUGGCACAAGCUCAUUGGACUUAUAAUAUCUGUGAUAGAAGAGGAUAGGAAUAGUUACGCGCCUGUCUUAAAUCAAUUUCCGCAAGAGCUUAACAUUGGUCAGCUAUCAGCAGCUACAAUGUGGUCUUUAUUCGCUGUGGAUAUGAAGUAUGCUCUAGAAGAACAUGAACAGCAUCGGCUGUGCAAGUCUUCUGCCUACAUGAACUUACAUUUUAAAGUGAAAUGGCUGUACACAGAGUAUGUUAAAGAUGUCCCACCUUAUUGUGGAGCUGUGCCAGAAUACCCCGCUUGGUUCGAGCCGUUUGUCAUGCAAUGGUUGAACGAGAAUGAUGAUGUCUCUCUUGAGUAUUUGACUGGAGCAUUCAAUAGGGAUAAGAGAGAUGGGUUCCAAAAAUCAAGCGAGCACGCACUCUUCAGUAAUUCAGUUGUUGACGUCUUUACUCAACUUACGCAAUGCUUUGACGUGGUUUCCAAGCUUGAGUGUCCAGACCCUGAAAUAUGGAAGAGGUAUAUGAAGAGAUUUGCGAAGACCAUCGUAAAAGUGCUCGUCGCGUAUGCUGAUAUCGUGAAGAAAGAAUUCCCAGAACAUUUGAAAGAAGAGAGAGUGGCGUGUAUCCUAAUGAAUAACAUACAACAACUUCGUGUUCAACUGGAGAAAAUGUUCGAAGCGAUGGGUGGGAACAAGCUGGAACGAGAUGCAGCAGACAUCCUCAACGAUUUGCAGCAAAGCUUGAAUAGUACACUGGAUGAACUAGCUUCUAUGUUUGCUAUAAGCCUUGAGAUGCGAAUAACGGCGAGUGUGAAGGAAUUGGGUGAAUUACUUCAGAAGGUCGGUGGAGGUGCAGCACCUGGUCAACCGCAGCCGCCAGCUCAUCACGAGGCUGAUGAAGUGCUUAGACCUCUUAUGGAUAUAUUGGAUGGUUCACUGACGAUGUAUGCGGAAUCUUGUGAGAAGACUGUACUGAAACGGUUGCUAAAGGAGCUAUGGAAGAUCGUCAUGAAGAUCCUAGAGAAGACGGUAGUUCUUCCACCCAUGACGGAUAAAACGAUGAUGCUGAAGAAUUUGACGAACAACGCAAAGAACUUGGCAGCCAACGCAAAGAUCGAAGAUAUGACGCAGUUGUUCAAGAGUACAGUUGGCAAACAGGAUGUUAAACAUGCCUUGUCCGGCGUCAUGGAUAUAUCAAAAGAGCACUUGUCAGCUGAGAAGAGCUUAACACCAAAGCAAUGUGCGGUUCUGGAUGCGGCGUUGGAUACAAUAAAGCAAUACUUCCACGCUGGAGGCAAUGGUCUAAAGAAAACGUUCCUGGAGAAAAGUCCAGAAUUACAAUCGUUGAGAUAUGCUUUAAGUCUGUACACGCAAACUACAGAUACACUUAUCAGAACGUUCGUCACGAGUCAGCAAAAUCAAGAUGCCGCUGUGGCAGAAGAGGGUAGUGUGGGUGAAAUUUCUCUUCAAGUGGAUCUCUUCACGCAUCCAGCUACUGGUGAACAUAAGAUCACUGUAAAGGUUGUGGCAGCGAAUGACUUGAAGUGGGUGAUAGCAAGUGGAAUGUUCCGUCCGUUCAUAGAGGUCAAUCUGAUUGGUCCUCAUCUCGCCGAUAAGAAGAGAAAAUUCGCCACCAAGUCGAAAAGUAACAAUUGGAGUCCAAAAUUCAACGAAACUUUUCACUUUAUGGUGAGCGCAACAGAGCAAUUGGAGCUUUUUGAACUACACGUAUGUGUUCGGGAUUACUGCUUUGCACGGGAGGAUAGAUUGGUCGGCGUGGCCGUCAUGCGUCUAGCUGAUAUUGCUGAACAGAAAAACGAAAAUGUUAACCGAUUGGUAACACGAGUGCCGGAUCGGCAAAACCAAAUGACUGACUCUGGCUCAUGCGCGUGUUGGCUGCCUCUCGGCACCCGAGUCAAAAUGGAUGAGACCGGAUGGACGAUACUUAGAAUUCUCUCGCAGAGACACAGCGAUGAAGUUGCUCGCGAAUUCGUGAAACUCAAAUCUGAAAUGCGAGCUGAAGCACCAACAGGAACUCCAGGGCCCACGUGAACGUAAGAUGAGAUCUGCAGCGAAUAGAUCAGAUCUUCCAAACAUUGGCAACUGGAUAUACUGGUUGUGAUAAGUUAUCAAUAGUCCUUAAAGCGAACGAUUUUUACGUGGACAAUGAUCUCGAGACUACGAGCGUUCCGGCGGUUAAUGGUCAGGCCUGGGGACGAAUCUUUUAACGAGCCGCUGACUCUGACGGUGAUCGAUCAGUCAGGGUUAGAAUAUACCUCGUCAAAAGGUGGAUAACCUGGGGCGUAUUGCGUUCGAUACAAUCUCCUAGAGAUUCGUUUUUGUAAAUAUUUACGGUGUUAAGUUAUUGCGACUAGUAGGAAUAUUUUGCACAAACUCGUAAAAUUAGCGAAAAAGACUGACCGUAGGCGGCCGGGCGCUUUGUCCAUUGACCUUUAGGUAUACGACGAAAUUUUUCCUCGAAUACUCUCGCUAUAGAAAAUUUCUAAAAGUAUAAAGCAGAUAUUCUUGUAGAUUUCAUUGUUUCUUCCAUAGCGACGUUUUACUAUCGCAAUAUAAGAUUUUUAUAGGCAUUAGACAUUUUGUUGGAUACCUAAAUGCAAUGGACUUAUGCGAUUAAUGUACUAAUCUGUUUAUGGACCAAACUGUCGUUAAUAUGAAUGCAUACCUUAUCCUUACGUAAAUAAUAAAUUAACAUUAUUUAUCUAAUUAAUCAUCUAAUUGUUAUACGUGUACAGUUAAUAUGAUAUGGCCUUAUGUGAAUUUCUUUUGUUGAUGCUUCUGGUGAGAAAAUGAAAUGUAAACAGGCUAAAUGAUUUUUCACUUGCAAAUAUAUAUUAGAUAUAUAUACACAAUAUCAACAAAACCAACAUGUUUGAUUAUCAAAAUUUUGGAUUAAAGCACGGAACAUCAAAGUAAUUUUAUAAUACAAAUUAAGCUAAAUAAUGCUAAAAUUACGAUAAUACCUGUUCAAACCUCCAAAAGAAUAUUAUUAAAGGUAUUAUUAACUAAAGUAAUAGUUUUGAAGUCUAAUCCUAUUAAAUAAUCUAUGGCAGUAUUUAGUUUUAGUGUUUUUUUUUAAUUUGUUUGAUAUCUGUUUGAGUUAUCGCUUUGGUUUUUUGGUUUCUUUAGUCUAUUGCAAGUCUAAAAUCACUAAACCUGUUCAGAGUGCUUGUAUUCGUGUGAAUUUAAAUUUAGAAUUGUUCUUUUAGGUGAAUGUUCAGAACUGUUUGAGACGUUAAUUUAAAUGUUUGUCAUAGCCUUCUCAUUUCAUUGUAUUGUGAUCGAAUUAUAUGUAAAUAAAAAAAAAACGUUAAUACGCGUUCACUUACUCGCUAUUUAUUUACGCUUGACCUUAAUAUCUUAAUAAUCCCACGUCCUUUUGUAUAAAUUAUUGAAAAUUGUGAUAUUGUUAUAUCUAAACUGUCGUGUUAAACCUGUUUCAUAGUUCGUGAGUGUUGUUACAUUUCGUUCUAAUUUAUUUGUCCGAAUCGGGGAUGUAAGCCUUAAGAUUCUAUUAGCUUAAUAAAGCUUAUACAAAUUGAAUCUUAAGUAAUGAGAGCUUACUACCCUUGGACAUGUUUAUCCAUAUAUUAUAGUAUAUAAUGUUUAAAAAAUAAUGUAUAUUAGACAUUCAGUGCUCAAAAUAUUGUUUUGUUAUAUUGCGUUAUCUGUCCAGUUGUUUGUAAUCACAGUGUUUACGCAUAUUUUAAAAAUAUAUUUUCAGUACCGCUAAAACGUGAAUACCUCGAAUUGUAUACGAAAACUUUGUUACAAGUGUUGAUCCGGUUUUAUAUGAAAUUGAGGAAAUAAUAUUUUAAGAAUAUCAAUUUACACCGUAUGUCGCAUUAUAAAAGUUAUAAGUCAUUGAAUUGUCUGCAAAACAAAUUAAAUAUUUGAAACAAUACUUUAUGACGUAACUACGUGUCAAAUUUCAACUUCACUAAUGCAAUUUAUGUCAAUAUAUAAUCUUAUUAAAGAAACUGUAUGAAAAUGGCAUUAGAAUACCACCACACAAAUUUCUGAACUAAUUCAUAUAUCCCAUCUAUGUAUAAGCGGUAUUGAAAAUAUAUGAGAGCACCUCAUUCCGGCACGAAAAUUAGAUUUUCAAAUAAUUAUAGUAUUUAUCAUGGAUUACAUAUCUGUAGAUAGAGGAAGUGGUUGUCUAGGCCAGAUCUCUAUAAUAUAUUGAAAAUAUAUUUACGCGAUUUUAAUUCAAGUCUAUUUUUUGUAUUUCUGAUACUGAUGAUUUAAUUAUCGUAUAUACCUUUAAUUACCUUGAUAUUGCCAUUUUCGGAAGUGUACCUGUAAUUGGAAUGUUUUUUUUUUUUAUUAAACUUCAUCGUUCCAUAGUAUGUUAAAUGAGAAAUAUAGAUAAUUAAAUCACCCGUUUUCUUCAAAUUCGACUGAAUCUUUCUAAUAAAAUAGUUGAUUUCCAUAUUUUCAUAUUUGUUUUACGGCACAUUAGAUAUUUUAGAUUAUCCACAGAUAUCUCUUUUGUUGAACCUCUGAUUCUUCCGUAUACUUAAUGUUAUUUAGUAAAAUUACUUUAUAGAUAAAAUGUCCCAAGAUCUUUUUCAACAGAAAAAUAAAUUUUAACUGAAUAACAUCUUAUUUAUUUAUAUUUCGUUCGUAAAAUAAAUAUGUUUAUGAAGUGCAGUCCGCGUGAGACAUAUUUAUUUAAUUCACAUUGGUUUAUUUAAAUUUAGCCAAUUUGUUUCUUGGGACAUCUAGGAGUUUCUGUAGUGAAAGUAUAUUAAUGGUUAGAGUUUAUGAAAUAGAUUAUUUUAUUAGCAUUAUUAAGUUCCCAUUCAACGUACAACUCACAUGAAACUAGAAAACGCAACAGUCAAUCAAAUGUAGCAAGAUUUAGCCGUCUCGCUUUUUGGUGUGAAAAGGAUAGAGUCGACUAUAUUUUUCUAUAUUGGUUUUGUUGGAAUUAUCAACCAAAUUAUCAAUAUAUUAAGAAACAUUGCAUUGGAAUUGUAGUGCCUAUAUUAUAUCAGGAUUCAAAUUUCGUUAAAAAGCGCACAGUGUCAUUCAUUAUCAUUGCUGUAACGAAUACCUUUACCAAUUGACAAUACUUGGUAAUUAUAAUUUUUAAGAUAUGAUGCCCUGCAUCUUGUAAGUCGGUUACGCUCCAAUUCUAGUAUUAAAUCACUAAACAUUGCAUAUAUCUUUGUAAAAACGCAUAUAUGUAAAUGUUACAUGUUUAAACACAUUAUUGAAUUUAGAAUUUUUAUGAAAAAAAAAUAAAUAUCCGUAUUUCAAAUAUAA